AUGAACUCGAAACUUCUCAAUGUGGCUCGCCGCUUCGGAUCGUCGAAUUCGACGUCUCAGAUGAUGCUCGCGAAUCUCACUUUCGGAAAUAUGCGUUCCAGCGGCACCCCCCUUAUUCUGGUGCCGGGUCUGUUCGGUACCAAGGAAAACUGGAUUCGUGUGGGAAAGGAUCUGAGUCAACGUCUCGGAUGUAUGGUGUUCGCCGUGGAGAACCGUAAUCACGGUGGCAGCUCAAUGGCUCCUUCUAUGACGUAUCCCGAGAUGGCUGAUGAUCUCGUUGGAUUUAUCGAUUGGGUUCGGAAGAUCACUGGAGAGGAUCAAGUCAACCUUCACGGUCAUUCGAUGGGCGGGAAGACGGUCACACAGUUGGCGACGACGCCAGAAUACGCGCCACGCAUUAAGAAUCUGAUUGUCGAGGAUAUGUCGCCGUUGGGGUAUCCGUUGAAGAGAGCCGAAUAUCUCGACUGUAUCAAACACAUGAUCGCUACGGACAUGAACAAAACCCGAUCGGAAGUGAUGGCGGAACUCGGCGAGAAGGUCUCAAAAGUGCUUCUCUACCAAUUCGUUCGCGGAAAUCUCGGCGAAGACGUCAACGGAAAGGCUCAGUGGACGUGUAAUCUGAAUGUGAUCGACGAGACUUAUAUCUAUCUUCUGAGUCACGAUAUUCGAUUCGGAGUUUUCGAGGGCCCCACUCUGUUCCAGCGUGCUUCUGGAUCCGGAUUCUUGCCAGCCGCUCACAAAAAUCGAGUCGAGAAAAUGUUCCCGAUGGUAAAAUUCGCCGAAACCGCCUGGUCUAACCACUGGAUUCACGCCGACGACCCGAAAUUCUUUGUCGACUCGAUUUGUGAAUUUUUGGAGGAGCCAAACGAGCUUGGAGACCUCGGACGCAAGGCGAUGAUCUGA